AUGCCACCGGCCAGGACACAGGCCGAGUUUGAAGCGCAGGAACAAAGAAACAAGCUCGCCAAUUCAUACCAGUCCCUCCUUAGCGAAUUCUCCUCUCCCGACCUACAUAGCGUUGGCAAUUACUCUCUGGGCCGACUGAUCGGCAAGGGCAGCUUCGGCAAGGUCUACCUCGCCCAGCACAAACUCACCAAUGGAUCGAAGGUCGUCCUCAAGUCCGCCAAAAAAGACGAUGCCAACCUCGCGCGAGAGAUCCACCACCACCGACAGUUCCUACAUCCACACAUCGCAAGGCUUUACGAGGUGAUAGUUACCGAGAAUUUGGUAUGGCUGGUGUUGGAGUUUUGCCCGGGAGAUGAGCUGUACAACUACUUGCUCAACCAUGGUCGCAUGCAGGCGGAUAAGGUGCAGAAGAUCUUUACACAACUGCUUGGUGCUGUGAGCUAUGUACACGCAAAGGGCUGUGUACAUCGAGACUUGAAGUUGGAGAACAUCUUACUGGAUAAGCAUGAGAAUGUCAAGCUGGUGGACUUCGGCUUCACGAGGGAAUACCAGGGCAGCACGAGCUAUUUGCAAACAUGGUGUGGGACAGUAUGUUACAGUGCGCCAGAGAUGCUCAAGGGCGAGAAGUAUGCUGGAGAGAAAGUCGACGUAUGGAGUCUGGGCAUCAUUCUGUACGCACUCUUGUGUGGAGAGUUGCCCUUCGAUGAAGACGACGAUGGCGCUACCAAGGCAAGGAUCUUGAAAGAGGACCCUCAGUAUCCGGAGUACUUGCCAGAAGCUGCUAGAGAUCUGAUCAAGAAGCUUCUCUCGAAGAGGCCGCUUCUCAGACCGUCCCUCAGCGACAUUUUGAAGGACCCUUGGCUUUCCGAGCAUGCACCCCAGCAGCAGGAGAUACUCAAGCUACAGCAACCAGCGCCAUUCACAACACAACUGGAGAAGGAUGUGCUCCAGCGAAUGCGCAGCGCCGGAGUGGAUAUCGAUAUGGUGAUUGAGCACGUUCUGGCGCAACGCUGCGACUCUUUGGCCGGCUGGUGGGCAUUGUUGUUGGAAAAGGAACAGCGCAAGGAGAGAAGGAAGGAGAGAAAGCGCAAAGAACGUGAGGCCGAAGCCAAGUCAAUACGAAGAUUGAGCGCUGCUAGUGGCAGGCUCCUUGCUCAGAGUAACCUUGGCGAGAUUCACGAGGGAGAAGAGCAUGCAAUCUCGAAUUCUCCACGAUCACGAGGGAGAAGGCUGGAGCGUGUUAAUGGCAACGCUUUGCAAGCGCCAGAUCUUCCGAAGGUCAUGGAGACGAAAUCGCCGACACCAGAAGGAGAGAAACCGAAGCCAAGUGAGAUUCGAGUGUCUGACAGCAGGUCGAGAAGUAGGCCGCGACCGCCGCCGAAGGAUUACUCUGGUCAAGUGGUGCGCCCUCGCAGUCAUCGAGCUUCAUCACGAGGCAGUCAAAGCAUGCUUCGCGUUGUUACCAACAAUCCCGACCUACUGAGUCCAUCAUAUGUGCCGCCUCCACAGAGAAAGCGGCCAAAGUUUUAUCCACAGCCCUUGAAGCAGCAGCUGGCAUGGGUGAAGCAUUUCUUCAAGGAAGGUACCAUCAAGCGCAACAAGUCACCUGCCAAUAGCGAGGAGAAUAAGAGCAGCCAGAAUACCAAGGACGUCCCAAACGGUAAGCCCGGCCAGGAGAGAGGCGAUCUUCGACAACUACAGCGCACUUCGACAGCUCCUGGAAACCAGCUCAGACGUAAAUCAAUCGGUCAGCAACGGCCUGAACUUCAAAGCAGAUCUACGGUUCCGGCACGGCCUCGUAUAAAUACCACAUCCUCGACUGGGAGUGGUGCCAGUAUCCGAGCAGGAAAACGAGCGAGUCUCAGCCCACACACUUUGACGCCGCACUCGUCCUAUCGACGAUCGUCAGCUGGACUUCGAGGUCGAAAGUCUACUUCAUCUUCGGUCUCCUCGAUUCGUAGCACGUAUCAAGGUGGCCACCAGCGGACGCAGUCGAAAACGUCGAGCACGUCGAGUGCCUCGAUUGCUUCACCAUCCGGAAUGUCGUCCACGUCAGGGUCUCGGCUCGGCAGGUCACCGCACAGUUCUGUCAAGGUUCUUCCCUCUACUCCCACCAACAGCACUUUUCCCUCUAGUGUCAGGUUCCAGAGGCGACCGCCACCGUCAGACAUUGGUACCUUGCCAACAUUAGGUACGGAAGCGAAGAGCGCUUUUGGAUCGAUGCCUCCUCCCUCGUCGCCUGGCUUACCUGUCUUCGCACGGCGAAAGCGGUCCGUCUUCAAAGGACCGAUGAGCGGCUCUCCACAUGGCCGAACAGCUGGCGCAAAUGGCAGCAGGUCUGCCAGUGUGCAAGGUCGACCAAGUGGUGAGAUGAUGCCAGGUGUCGAAGAAGAAGACGAGGAAGAAGACAUGGAAGAGUAUGAAGAAGUCGAUCACUUUGGCCCAGAGCUACAGAUCACGAGUGGCGAGGCACCGUCUGAGAUGGAACCUGACACAGAGCCUGUGAGUCCGCUAAGCCCGCUGCCUGGUCAGGAAGAAGAAAACCCACUGGGAGCUGCGAACUCCACUGGCAGCGUACCCCUCACGGCGGAGGCGCUCGCUAAGCUGGGUGAAGAAGAAGACAAGAAGGAGGCUCAGGAGGCUAAGAAAGACCCAGAAAAGGCAGCCUGA